AUUAAAGAACACAGACCAUUCAACUCAUUUUCACUCUCUCUCUCUUCUCUGAACUUUCCUUCAAACAAAGAUUUGAAGGUCGAAGUUGAAUUUCAACUUUCAUCUCCUUCGAACUUUUGCCUUAAUCUUCACGUUUCUCUCUUUUUCUUUCUCUUUUCUGGCCCCCCUUUCUUCUUCAACUGACAACAGGAGGGAAGGUACUACAAUUUUGCUUGCCAAUUCUCGAAGCAACUACGUGGAAGUUCAUCAGUGCUUUGAUAGUUUGGAAAAAUUCAAUGACUAGCCUCAAGCUAGGAGUGGAAGUAGUGGGUGCUCAUGAUCUUAUGCCAAAAGAUGGACAGGGCUCAGCCAAUGCUUAUGUAGAGCUUCACUUUGACCAUCAGAGAGUCCGUACUACGACCAAGGAGAAGGAUCUCAAUCCCGUUUGGAACGAAAGCUUCUUCUUUAACAUAUCGGAACCACAAAAUCUGUCUAACCUCAUUCUUGAGGCCUUUAUCUUUAACUACAACAAAGCCAACAGCCCCAAGUCAUCCUUUCUUGGAAAAGUUCGUCUCACUGGGACCUCGUUUGUCCCUUACUCUGACGCUGUUGUUUUUCACUAUCCGCUGGAAAAACGAGGCAUUUUCUCACGAAUAAAAGGAGAACUCGGCCUUAAGGUCUAUGUAACUGAUGAUCCUUCUAUUAAGCUAUCGAAUUUGCUUCCUGUGAUGGAAUCUUCUGUGGAAAGGGAACCUCUGGCUCCAAUCACAUCUGAUCACCAAUCAACAAUACGAAAAGUUCCAAAGUUUGUAUCCAGUCUAUUUUCUACCGAUAAUACUGAAUCGAGGACGUUCCAUCACCUUCCCAAUGCAAAGCAGCCUCAGCAAGAACAGCAGCAUACUCCAUCACCAAUUAGUGUGCCGAAUGUGAACUAUGGAAGAUAUGGUAUGCAAUCUGAACUACAUGUUGCAAAUGCUGCUCACACGUACCCAGGGUCAUCAUUUCAAUAUAAUGAUUAUGCAAUUAGAGAGACAAGUCCUCACCUUGGUGGUGGGAUGGUUAUUGGAGGUCGUGUCGUUCAUGGAGACAGACCUACAAGCACCUAUGACCUUGUAGAAAAGAUGCAUUAUCUUUUUGUUCGAGUUGUGAAGGCCCGUGAUCUUCCCACCAAGGAUUUGACUGGAGGCUUGGAUCCUUAUGUUGAAGUGAAACUAGGGAACUUCAGGGGAACUACGAAGCAUUAUGAGAAAAAUCAAAGUCCUGAAUGGAACGAAGUCUUUGCCUUCGCAAAGAUGGACGUGCAAUCAACAUCACUGGAUAUUGCACUUAAAGACAAAGAUACAAUAAAAGAUGAUUAUGUUGGGCGUUUGCGGUUUGAUCUUCAUGAAGUUCCUACUCGAGUUCCACCAGAUAGUCCAUUGGCUCCGGAAUGGUAUCGCCUUGAAGACAAGAGUGGAUCAAAGAAAAAGGGAGAGCUAAUGGUUGCUGUAUGGUAUGGCACACAAGCGGAUGAGGCUUUUCCAGAUGCCUGGCAUUCCGAUGCUAUCUCUCCUACCGAUGGUUCUUCAGUCAUCCCGGCGUAUAUUCGCUCAAAAGUUUAUCAUUCACCAAGAUUGUGGUAUGUUCGUGUCAACAUCAUUGAAGCUCAAGAUUUGGUUGUGGAAGAGAAGUCUCGUUUCCCAGAUGCUUAUGUGAAGGUACAAAUCGGUAGCCAAAUUUUAAGAACAAAAACUGUGCAAACUCGGACAAUGAAUGCCUUGUGGAAUGAAGAUCUGAUGUUUGUCGCUGCUGAACCCUUUGAUGAUCAUUUGAUCCUUUCUGUUGAAGACCGUGUCGGUCCCAACAAGGAUGAAACACUAGGGAGGGCUGUUAUACCACUGAAUACUGUUGAGAGGCGUGCUGAUGAUCGAGUUAUCCGCAGCCGAUGGUACAACCUUAUGAAGUCUAUGUCAGAUGCCGUGGAAGAAGGGGAGGGGAAGAAAGAGAAGGAUAAGGACAAGGAUAAGUUCCAUAGUAGACUCCAUCUCCGCAUUUGCCUGGAUGGAGGAUAUCAUGUGCUCGAUGAGUCAACUCACUAUAGUAGUGACCUCAGACCCACAUUGAAGCAACUUUGGAAGCCACCAAUUGGUAUCUUGGAGCUUGGCAUCCUGGGCGCUGAUGGGCUUCACCCAAUGAAAAGUAGGAAUGGAAAGGGUACAACUGAUACUUUUUGUGUGGCGAAGUAUGGUCAUAAAUGGGUUCGAACUCGAACAAUAAUCAACAACUCAAAUCCGAAGUACAAUGAGCAGUACCAUUGGGAGGUUUUUGACCCUGACACAGUCCUAACUGUUGGUCUUUUCGACAAUGGCCAUAUUGGUGAAUCCAGUAGUAACAGGGACACGAAAAUUGGGAAGGUUCGGAUCCGUAUUUCAACUCUUGAAACUGGUCGCAUAUACACACACGUAUAUCCAUUGCUUGUCCUUCAUCCUUCUGGUGUCAAGAAGAUGGGUGAACUGCACCUUGCCCUGCGAUUUUUGUGCCCAUCGGUUAUGAAUUUGAUGUGUAUGUACUCAAGACCCCUACUGCCGAAAAUGCAUUACAUAAGGCCAUUGAAUGUUGCUCAGCAGGAAUCGCUGCGUCACCAGGCGGUUAACAUUGUAGCAGCUCGACUUAGCAGGGCGGAACCAUCUCUUAGGAAGGAGGUAGUUGAGUACAUGUCUGAUGUGAACUCCCAUCUCUGGAGCAUGAGGCGAAGCAAGGCUAACUUCUACAGGAUUGUGUCGAUUUUAUCGGGAUUACUUGCAAUGGGAAAAUGGUUUGGAGAAGUUUGCAUGUGGAGAAACCCUGUUACUACAGGGCUGGUUCAUGUUCUCUUUUUGAUGCUUGUUUGUUUCCCUGAGCUGAUCUUGCCCACAGUUUUCCUCUACAUGUGUGUGAUAGGAAUUUGGAACUGGCGAUACCGCCCUCGGUACCCUCCGCAUAUGGACACGAGAAUCUCUUAUGCAGAAGCGGUGAGUCCUGAUGAGCUUGAUGAAGAGUUCGACACAUUUCCAUCGAGGCAAAGCCCAGACAUUGUCCGAAUGAGGUAUGAUCGGAUGAGAAGCAUAGCAGGAAGAAUCCAAACCGUGGUCGGGGACGUGGCUACUCAAGGGGAACGGAUUCAAGCACUCUUAAACUGGCGAGAUCCUCGUGCAACAACCAUAUACAUUAUUUUCUGCUUCAUUGCUGCUGUCGUGCUGUACGUAACGCCUUUCCAGAUGCUGUUCCUUCUAAGCGGUCUCUACAUUAUGAGGCACCCCAAGUUCAGGAAUCGAAUGCCAUCAGCACCGAUGAACUUCUUCCGCAGACUGCCCGCCAGGACCGACAGUAUGCUGUAAUUUGAACUGAGAAAGAGUAGUAAUGGGAUUCUCAAGCUUGGUUUCUCUGGCAAGAUUGCAGGAUUUUCUGGAAAUGAUGAGACUUGUAAAUUUGUUUUUGUUAUCUCCUCCAAUUUGGGUUGUGUUGGUGAGGAAAGUAGUGUCAGUGUAAUGCUACAUUCUGAAGCUGGUAAAUAAUGUCGUUAUGUUUUUGCCUAAAAUGCAUAUUAUGGUUCAAUCAACAUAAGUUGACAUUUGAAUUUUCAGUAGUUGAAUCAACUCUA